CGUAAUUCCCCACCCAAUUGAAAAUAUUAACCUAAAACUAAUUAACCUCACUUUUAAUUUUUUAUAAUUUCAUAUUUCAUUUAAAAAUGGGAAUACGAGGACUAACUACUUUUAUAGCACAUCGUUCCGAUUCGUACUUAAAACAUUAUAAAUUGCACGACACGUAUUUGGUCAUUGAUGGCAACAGUCUCGCUGCUAACUUAUAUCAAGUAAAUCGGGCCAGAAACGAUUGCUUUGGUGGUGACUACAACAAAUUCGAAAGGACCCUAUGUAAAUUCUUUGAUUUACUAGCAAAGUGCAAUAUUACACCGCUUAUUAUAUUGGAUGGGGCCUAUGAAAAGCGCAAAUUGAGAACUGUCUAUCAAAGGUUGAAAAAUAAACUAAAAACUCUUCAGCAAGUGGACACUGUGUCACAGACGCACUUUAAAGUCUUUCCGUUAUUUCUACGUGAUUUAUUCGCAGAUGUUUUGGUCAGGUUGCAGCUGAAAAUCAUUAGAUGUAAUUUUGAGGCUGACUUUGAAAUCGCCUGUUUAGCUAGAACGCUUAAUUGUCCAGUUUUAAGUUAUGAUUCCGAUUUUUUUGUGUAUGAUGUGUUGUACAUACCAUUCGUUUCGUUAGAAAUGAAUGCUGUACCGCAUGAUGGGGGUUAUUACCUUCCUUGUCAGCUGUACGAAAUGGAUUACUUCCUAAAAGCUUAUGGUGGUUUAAACAAAUCGUGCGUACCACUGCUGGCAGUGUUGUUAGGAAACGACUAUAUCAAUAAAAAUAACUUUAAGGAGUUUUACACAUCUUUACGUUUAGUUAAACGCAAGACCCAACAAAAUGUCCUGCAAAGGAGUGUGAAAAGCGUAAUAAAAUGGCUGCAAAAAGAGUCUUACGAGUCGGCUAUGGUGAAAGUGCUACAGAAGGUACCAUCUUCUAAGAGAAGGCGAAUUGCACAACGAAUUAAGCGUGUAAUGCGAGAUUACAUGUGCAAAAACAGCAAGUUGUUACCGGACUUGGGUAUUUCGUUAAAUUGUGACGAGGAGGAGUUCGAACUUGAUACUGAACGCAUUUUACAAGAGUCUGAGAAUGCACCAAUCGUCAAUGAAGAAUGUGACAAUUGUGAUGAUGAUGACGACGAAGAGGAUCAAGAGGUUGAAGAUGAAGUCGAGGAAAGUGACUGUGAGAGUGAAUCUGAAGAAACUGAAGAAGUAAAUUGUGAAAACGAUUUUUUUCGCACAAAUUAUCGCCAUUGCAAAUUGCCAACAGCAUUUAUGGAUAUGCUAGUUGCUAAUAAAUAUUUUUGUACGCCCCAAAUUGAAAGUGCGACAAACACUUGCUCUCACCUCAUUUGUGUUAAAGUGAUAUCAGCCAUAGACAAAAUCUUACGUCCCAAUGCAGAAAUUCGUUUAAAAUUUGUGGCACGUCAUCAGUCGACAAAUCUCAAGUGGUAUGACACCCCGGAUUGCAAUUUGGAAUUACCAUCUCUACACGACAUAAGCACACUUUCAGAUGGUACUGCGAGAGCCCAUGUCUUUUCAGUCUUGGAGUUCCGUUAUGAUAAUUUUUGUACAGAUAUUCCCAAACAUUGGCAAUUGUACUUCUUAGCGAUGAUUUAUUGGAUUAAAAAUGCUACACCAAGCGUUACACAUAGCCAUGUUCAAUCCCUUAUAUUGUGCAUGUUGGUCAUGAACGAAUUGGAACCGAAGAACACGGUGCAGCGGGUUGCAGAUAGACAGCAGGUGAACGAUUCACCUCUAGACCAUUUCUUAAACGAAAUUUCCAAGACGGAUUCUGCGCAGUGUUGCAAAGAACUGAAAAAGUACUUCGAAAUGGAACCGAAGAUGCGAACCUCUAACAAAUAUUACAACAAAAACAUUGUGGAUUGCUUCGCGCAAUUUCAAAGCUCUCUACUACACGUUAAGUACUUAAAUGCGUUGCUGAACAGACCCUUCGCUGAUUGUCUAAUUUCCAGAUUUUAUAAUGGAACGUUUUUAUAUAAUAUGUGUAGUAACUUACAGAGACGUACCAAUAUCGACGCUUACAUGGACACGCUAUUGAAAGUCUGCCCGUCUGUUCUCAAAUGUUUUAAAGCUAUUGUUGACAUGAUAAAACGCUUGGUAGCAUCAAAUAUAAUAACGGCAGAAGCAAAACGUCGAAGACGGAAAAGGAAGAAUACGAGAAGAAUUUCAGAAGCUAGUAAUGAAUCGGUACCUGUCCAGGUGGAAAGCAUGAACAGUGAAGGAGUUGCAGUUAUGGAUGAAAAUAAUCGUUUUUCUUUGUUGAACUUUGUUUAGUUAAAUGUUUGGUUACCAAUUACAAAUUGUUUACUAUGGAAUGCCCUUUGUUUUAAUUGCUUGUCUAGUUAGUUAUUUUCUGAUUUGUCUUAAACUGCAAUGAUACAGACUAUUUUCGUUUUUAAUUUUUUCAUGGUAAACUAAUCGUACUCUACAUUUCUAAUUAACACAUUAUUCAGACAGUUUUUAAUGAAGAUUUUGAAUAUGGCAUCCCGUUUUUAAUAACUUUUAUGGUGACGGAGACACACGUGGCAACUUUAACUUUUCUAAUAGGGGCGAUUUUGAAUUUUGACCACAGUUCUUGAUAAAGAUCUAAAACUUGCAAAUUUGAAAAUAGGAUCCUAUUCCUUGAAUGUACUGCAACUCUCAAAAUCACAUCAAAGGAUGAAAUUUACUGUAAUGCAAGUUAGCACUCAUAGUCAUAGGGCUUAGCAAAAUGAAACUGCGUUUUAUGCAGAAAGCAAUCCGCUUUUCCCAGUAAUACUAGGGACCAAUAUGAAUGAUUUCGUCCAAGGAAAUGAAAAUUUUACUCACUGUAAUUCAAAAUGGCGGAUGUUUUCUAAAAUGGCGACUGCAUAAUUUCAAAAAUUUGUAGACCCAAAACGGUUGCACCGAUUUUAGUGAUUGGGGUGUCAAUCAAUUCGUAUUGACACCUGUAAUCACAUAUCGUCUGUGAUUUAAAUUACUGAAGUCAGUGCACUCAUUUUGAUUGUACGAUGCGCCACAUCACGUGUAGUGACGGCUUUCAAAAUCACGCGCUCCUCUUAUAAUUCGUAUAGUGCAAAAACUACUGGACGGAUUGUCAAGAAUUAUUUUUCGGUUUGUAGGUAAUAUUGUCAGCUUUUAUUUAAAUGAGAAAAUACGUGAACAUAUUAUAGGAUAUUUAGUAGUUAUUUUCAUUAGAACGAAGAAAUUAAUUAGAUUCAGACGCCAUCUUUAAUUUCUUAAACAUUAUUUUUUUCUUUUGAUUACAGGUGUCAAUACGAAUUGAUUGACACCCCAAUCACUAAAAUCGGUGCAGCCGUUUUGGGUCUACAAAUUUUUGAAAUUAUGCAGUCGCCAUUUUGAAUUACAGUGAGUAAAAUUUUCAUUUCCUUGGACGAAAUCAUUCAUAUUGGUCCCUAGUAUUACUGGGAAAAGCGGCUUGCUUUCUGCAUAAAAUGCAGCUUCCGAUGUAAAUAUCGCUCUAAGCCCUAAGACUAGCAUGUCUACAUAAAUAUCUGUGUUUAUAACUUUUGCACUAUACUGUCUUUUUUGGACAAAAAAUUAUUACUUACUUAUACAGGGUGUUUUCAAAAAAAAAGGUCAAGUAUUUUAUUUGUGUACUCAUGAAAAAAAAAAAACAAAAAAGUCUUAAUAAACAUAGACCGGCGAGUUGAUUUCAACAAAGAUGUGCACUAUUGUGUACGCAUGGAAGGACACAUAGAGCGUCUUGUUUUAAGUAUUUUCUGUUUGUUUGUUUUUAAUAAUGUAAUUUGUUUGAAACACUUAGUUUGCGGACCUAUGUUUAUUAAGGCUUCUGUUCAAGAUAUACGUGGAUAAAAUAUGCCCUAAUUUUUUAACACACCCUGUAUAUAUCACUGAGCUAAUAGUCUUAAAUACAUUAAAUUUAUAAAAGAAGAAAGCUCUUUAUUUUCAGUAAUAUUGAAUUACUAACGCAUAAUAAUAACAAUAUUCAUAGUUAAACAUGGUCACCAUGACAAAAAUAUUUAUUAUUUUAAUGGCUAUUCCAAAAUAUUAUCACACAAAAUCUUGAUCGCGAAGAUUAUGUCAAAUAUAUACAUACAACUGUAACGAAAUAUACAAUAACCUCACUAGCAUUGUAUAAAUAAUUGAUCAUAUUGUAUAAAAAGUCGAAAAUUAUCAAGGUGUACUAACGUUACUAAUUUUGAUUAAUGAUAACUUAAAAUAACAUUAAAUACAUUCAUAGAAAACUAAGUAGAGGGUUGCGGAGGAUGCAAGGCUACGUGUAAUGCCUUUUGUAAUUCUUGUCGGAAAGUAGACACUACAUUCUGGAAUAACGUUUCAUUGGACUGCACUCGUUUAACAAUAUUUAACAUUCGUAAACCUUCAGGACUUGAAGGUUCUAUCAUAUCUCUAAAGAAUGCUUCCGCAAUAAUAUUUAAAAUUUUUGGUAUAUUUUCAUUUCCAUGACCUAAAAUUCAAAAUCAAAAUUACGGGGCGAAAUAAUUAUGAACGACAACUUACCCAAUACGGAGGGAUGAUUUUGUUCUAUCAAGUCACAUAAAUAUCCGUAAAUAUGUGGAGCUUCUACGGCAUCUUCGAUGACGGGCAACCAACUAAACCACACCGGCAAUAGUUCUUCCAAAUUUACAGCCGCAGGUCGAUAUUUUAAUAUUUUGGUAACCGCUGAAAUUGCAUUUUCC